AAGGCAAUGUGAGAGAGGAGAGAAAGGCAGAGGGUGGCAGAGGAAGAGAGGGAGCACAAAGGCAUUUAGUGUGAGAGAGGAUCAGAGUGCCUGCAGAAUCGGACGGAAGCAUUACGCACAACACGUUUUUAGGAAGUGUCAUGAGAAAUGAAUGACUGCUGUGAACUGCGAACCUGAGACCUGGAAGAUUGGAAACCUGGUGCAUCGAUAAGCCUUGGAUUAAUUCAACCAGCCAUGUCAGAUUACGAGGACUUCAACAAAAUGGGGGGCCCUGGGAACAUAUCAGAGAAUUACCAGUUCAAUCCCGCCAGCGUGAUUGUUUCAGUGGUGUUCUCGCUCAUCUUCCUGCUCGGCACCAUUGGCAACAGCCUGGUGCUGGCAGUGCUCCUGAGGAACGGGCAGAUGGGCUACAACACCACCAACCUGUUCAUUCUCAACCUCAGCGUGGCCGACUUCUUCUUCAUCAUCUUCUGCGUGCCUUUCCAAGCGACCAUCUACUCCCUGGAGGGCUGGGUGUUUGGCUCCUUCAUGUGCAAGGCUGUCCACUUCUUCAUCAACCUCACCAUGUACGCCAGCAGCUUCACCCUGGCCGCUGUCUCUGUUGACAGGUAUCUGGCCAUCCGCUACCCGUUGCGGUCUAGAGAGUUGAGAACACCAUGCAAUGCGGUUGCUGCCAUGGCAGUCAUCUGGGGCCUGUCUCUGGUCUUUGCAGGGCCCUACUUAAGCUACUAUGACCUAAUUGACUUUGCCAGCGGCAAUGUGUGCGUUCCUGGCUGGACAGAACAUAACCGCAAAGUUCUGGACACGUGCACAUUUGUGUUUGGGUAUGUGAUGCCUGUGCUCAUUGUCAGCCUCUCCUACACCAGGACUAUAAAGUACCUCUGGACUGCUGUGGACCCCUUGGACGGCAUGUCCGAGUCCAAGAGAGCCAAGCGCAAAGUCACCAAGAUGAUCAUCAUUGUCACUGUGCUCUUCUGUAUAUGCUGGCUACCCUACCACGUGGUGAUCCUGUGCUACCUAUACGGAGACUUCCCCUUCAAUCAGACAACGUACGCGUUCAGACUGCUGUCCCACUGCAUGGCCUACGCCAACUCCUGCCUCAAUCCCAUCGUCUACGCCCUGGUGUCUAAGCACUUCCGCAAAGGCUUCAAAAAGGUUUUCAGCUGCAUUCUGAGCAAAAAAGGCAGGAACAAGGUACAUGUUGUGCAUGUGGCCAACACUGUGCCCGGGUUUGAGACAGGGUCAACAGAGGUAUCACAAAUGAAUGAGAAUGCUCAAAGGAAUGAUUGUGAAAUGGGUAACCGUUCCCCAGCUGUUCCAGAAGAGGCUGCAAUGGUAGUUACUUUGCCUUUCCAACAGCCAUCUUGACUGAGAAAGAUUAGAGAAUUCAAAAGACUACAGCAAACAAUGUUCAAAGGACAUGUUGGCUUGAACUGAUGCACUUGUUGUACGUCGCUCUGGAUAAGAGCAUCUGCUAAAUGCCUAUAAUGUAAUGUAAUGAAAAAGACUUUCUGUUUAAAUGAAGUUAUUGAAGCAACAUUGACCGUUGAUCUUAUUGAAUAUUCUGUAAUGUUUUCCUUCGCUUCGCUUUUUGAGUGUGAUUCUCUUUCGUCAAUAUAAAUUUAAUGAAUUAA